GGGACAGAGAGGUGGCGAGGUGGGGCCGCCGAGCUGGGCUUUGCCUGAGCCUCUGGCGCGUGGGGCGGCGGGGAAGGGCGAGCCUGCGUGGGGUGUUGUGGACAGGAACUUUUUUUCCUUCGGGCGGAGGCACACUUCGAAUCUACUUCCGACGGCAUUCAGCAACUGCCCACGCGUCACUUCCGGAGAAGCCAGAGAGGAAAAAAAUAAAUAAAUAAAUAAAAAGUCCCGAAGGGGAAACAAAAACAAACGGGAGGAGCCUCCUCCGGCUCUCCUUGGCCUGGCCGCUGCGCUCGGCUUCCCCCACCCCCGAGGAUGAGGCCCGGCUGCCCACGGCGCUGAGGCCCCGCGGAGAAGGUGCUGCCGCCCCGAGCCAGGCCCCGCGGAGCUGGUGCCGGGGCCCGCCCCCCCCACCUCAGCCCCUCGGCGCCGCCAUGUCGGGGGGCGGCGGCGGCAACGGGUCGCGCUACGCGGCGGAGUUCGUGCCGCCGCCCGAGUGCCCCGUCUUCGAGCCCAGCUGGGAGGAGUUCGGCGAUCCCCUCGGCUUCAUCGGCCGCAUCCGCGGCCUGGCGGAGAAGACCGGCAUCUGCAAGAUCCGACCCCCCAAGGACUGGCAGCCUCCAUUUGCAUGUGAAGUACAGAGUUUUCGUUUCACCCCACGAAUCCAGCGCUUGAAUGAACUGGAGGCAAUGACCAGAGUGAAGCUGGACUUCUUGGAUCAAUUAGCAAAAUUUUGGGAACUUCAGGGAUCCAAUUUAAAAAUUCCUGUGGUGGAGAGAAAAAUCUUGGAUCUGUACGGUUUGAGCAAAAUUGUUGCCAGCAAAGGAGGCUUUGAUGUGGUCACUAAAGAAAAGAAGUGGUCCAAAGUGGCUAGUCGGCUGGGGUACCUGCCAGGAAAAGGCACUGGAUCACUACUAAAGUCUCACUAUGAAAGGAUCUUGUACCCUUACGAGCUCUUCCAAUCUGGGGUCAGCCUUAUGGGUAUCCAAAAGCCAAACUUGGACCUUAAGGAAAAAGUGGAAGCUGAGGACCUCAGCUCUGAUGCCCAGGCUUCCCCAAAGCAGGGUACAAGAAUGAAUGUUACGCUGAAGAGAACCAGACGCGUCAAGUCCCAGACAGAGACAGGAGAGAUGAGUAGAAAUACUGAACUGAAGAAGCUGCAGAUCUUUGGAGCUGGACCUAAGAUGAUGGGAUUGGCAUUGGGAUCAAAAGAUAAGGAAGAUGAGGUGACUCGAAGACGCAAAGGCACCAGGUCAGAAGCCUUUGGCAUGCAGAUGAGGCAGCGCAAAGGGACGCUCUCUGUCAACUUUGUUGAUCUAUACGUUUGCUUGUUUUGUGGCCGAGGAAACAACGAGGACAGACUGUUACUCUGUGAUGGUUGUGAUGACAGCUACCACACAUUUUGCCUGAUUCCCCCUUUGCCUGAUGUGCCCAAAGGUGAUUGGAGGUGUCCAAAGUGUGUUGCUGAGGAGUGUAAUAAGCCACGUGAGGCCUUUGGAUUUGAGCAAGCUGUGAGGGAGUACACUCUCCAGAGUUUUGGUGAAAUGGCAGAUAAUUUCAAGUCUGAUUACUUCAACAUGCCAGUCCAUAUGGUUCCUACUGAGCUGGUAGAGAAGGAGUUCUGGCGACUGGUGAGCAGCAUUGAGGAGGAUGUCAUUGUGGAAUAUGGAGCUGAUAUCUCAUCCAAGGACUUUGGGAGUGGUUUUCCUGUAAAGGAUGGCAGGCGAAAGCUGAUGCCAGAGGAGGAGGAGUAUGCACUUUCUGGUUGGAACCUGAAUAACAUGCCCAUUCUGGAACAGUCAGUCCUUGCUCACAUCAAUGCAGAUAUCUCUGGCAUGAAGGUGCCUUGGCUUUAUGUAGGGAUGUGUUUCUCAUCAUUUUGCUGGCACAUCGAGGAUCACUGGAGCUAUUCCAUCAAUUACCUGCACUGGGGAGAGCCAAAGACGUGGUAUGGGGUGCCCUCUCACGCAGCAGAACAGCUAGAGGAGGUGAUGAAAGAGUUGGCCCCUGAGCUCUUUGAAUCUCAGCCUGAUCUCCUGCAUCAGCUGGUCACCAUCAUGAACCCCAAUGUGCUAAUGGAGCAUGGUGUGCCUGUGUACAGAACUAAUCAGUGUGCUGGCGAGUUUGUUGUGACAUUUCCUCGUGCCUAUCACUCCGGAUUUAACCAAGGUUACAACUUUGCUGAGGCUGUGAACUUCUGCACUGCUGACUGGCUUCCCAUUGGGCGUCAGUGUGUGAACCAUUAUCGGCGGCUAAGGCGUCACUGUGUUUUCUCCCAUGAGGAGCUGAUCUUCAAGAUGGCAGCGGAUCCAGAGUGUUUGGAUGUGGGACUUGCUGCUAUGGUUUGCAAAGAAAUGACUUUGUUGAUAGAGGAGGAGACACGCCUGAGGGAAUCUGUUGUACAGAUGGGAGUGUUGAUGUCGGAAGAGGAGGUGUUUGAACUGGUUCCAGAUGACGAGCGUCAGUGUACAGCCUGCAGAACUACAUGCUUCCUUUCUGCUCUUACUUGCUCUUGUAAUCCUGAGAGGCUUGUGUGCCUGUACCAUCCCACAGACUUGUGUCCCUGUUCUAUGCAGAAGAAGUGUCUAAGGUACCGUUACCCAUUAGAGGACCUUCCUUCUCUGCUGUACGGAGUGAAAGUUAGAGCACAGUCCUAUGACACUUGGGUCAGUAGAGUUACAGAGGCUCUGUCUUCCAACCUCAACCACAAGAAAGAUGUGAUUGAGCUGAGAGUGAUGUUGGAAGAUGCUGAAGACAGGAAGUAUCCAGAGAACGAUCUCUUCCGUAGGCUCAGAGAUGCUGUGAAAGAGGCAGAGACCUGUGCUUCGGUGGCUCAGCUACUUCUAAGCAAAAAACAAAAACACAGCAGGCUGAGCCAGGAUAGUGGGAGGACUCGGACCAAGCUGACUAUGGAAGAACUGAAAGCAUUUGUUCAACAGCUAUUCAGCCUACCCUGUGUUAUCAGCCAAGCCCGACAAGUAAAGAACCUGCUGGAUGAUGUGGAGGAGUUUCAUGAGCGUGCUCAAGAGGCCAUGAUGGAUGAGGUCCCAGACUCUUCCAAGCUGCAAAUGUUGAUAGACAUGGGUUCUGGCCUCUAUGUGGAACUUCCUGAACUGCCGCGGCUGAAGCAAGAACUGCAGCAGGCACGUUGGCUGGAUGAGGUGAGGUCCACCCUUUCAGACCCCUUGAGGGUCACCCUGGAUGUGAUGAAGAAGCUGAUUGACUCAGGUGUUGGGCUGGCACCACAUCAUGCUGUAGAGAAGGCCAUGGCUGAGCUGCAGGAGCUGCUUACUGUCUCCGAGAGGUGGGAGGAGAAGGCCAAAGUCUGUCUACAGGCAAGACCACGUCAAAGCAUGAUGGCUCUGGAGGGCAUCGUGAACGAAGCAAAGAACAUCCCAGCUUACCUGCCUAAUGUACUGACACUGAAAGAAGCCCUGCACCGGGCUAGAGACUGGACAGCCAAAGUGGAGGCCAUUCAGAAUGGUAGCAAUUACGCUUAUCUGGAGCAACUGGAAAGCUUGUCUGCAAAAGGCCGCCCAAUACCGGUACGUCUUGAGGCACUGCCACAGCUGGAGUCUCAGGUAGCAGCAGCACGUGCCUGGAGGGAGCGCACAGGAAGGACUUUUCUGAAGAAGAACUCAAGCUACACUCUGUUACAGGUUUUGAGUCCCCGGACUGAUAUUGGAGUUUAUGGAAGCAGUAAGAAUAGACGGAAAAGGGUAAAAGAGUUAAUGGAGAAGGAAAAAGAGAAGGAUCUUGACUUGGAAUCUCUGAGUGAACUGGAGGAUGGGCUUGAGGAAGCUAGGGACACUGCAACUGUGGUGGCUAUAUUCAGGGAGCGGGAGCAGAAGGAGAUCGAAGCCAUGCAUGCCCUCAGGGCAGCUAACCUAGCUAAGAUGACCAUGGUGGAUCGUAUUGAGGAAGUGAAGUUCUGCAUCUGUCGAAAAACAGCUAGUGGGUUCAUGCUACAAUGUGAGCUCUGCAAGGAUUGGUUUCACAGUGGCUGUGUGCCACUCCCCAAAACCAGUUCCCAAAAGAAGGGCUCCAGUUGGCAGGCCAAAGAAGUCAAGUUCCUGUGCCCACUCUGCAUGCGUUCUCGAAGACCCCGGCUUGAGACCAUCCUGUCUCUGCUGGUGUCCCUGCAGAAGCUUCCUGUACGGUUGCCAGAGGGGGAGGCACUGCAGUGCCUGACAGAACGUGCCAUGGGCUGGCAGGACCGAGCACGUCAGGCUCUGGCUACUGAUGAACUGUCUUCUGCUUUGGCCAAGCUUUCUGUGCUCAGCCAGCGUAUGGUGGAGCAGGCAGCACGGGAGAAGACAGAGAAAAUAAUCAGUGCAGAGCUACAGAAAGCAGCAGCUAAUCCUGACCUACAGGGCCACUUGACUAGUUUCCAACAAUCUGCUUUUAACCGAGUGAUAGGGAGUGUUUCCUCAUCUCCACGACAGACCCUGGAUUAUGACGAUGAAGAGACAGAUUCUGAUGAAGACAUCAGGGAGACUUAUGGCUAUGACAUAAAGGACAAUGUCAGUGUGAAAUCUUCCAGCAGCCUGGAACCUAACCUCUUCUGUGAUGAGGAGAUCCCCAUCAAGUCAGAGGAAGUGGUGACACACAUGUGGACGGCUCCCUCUUUCUGCGCUGAACAUGCAUAUUCAUCUGCUUCUAAAAGUUGUUCACAAGGUUCUAGCACCCCAAGAAAGCAGCCCCGGAAGACCCCUCUGGUACCUCGCAGUUUGGAACCCCCUGUACUGGAGUUGUCACCUGGAGCUAAGUCCCAAUUAGAGGAUCUGAUGAUGGUAGGAGAUCUCCUAGAGGUAUCGCUGGAUGAGACCCAGCACAUCUGGCGGAUUUUACAGGCCACGCAUCCACCUUCAGAGGACAGAUUCCUUCACGUCAUGGAGGAUGACAGCCUGGAUGAGAAGCCAUUAAAAAUGAGAGGGAGAGAUUCUUCUGAGAGGAAACGAAAACGAAAGCUGGAAAAGGCAGAGCAGUUCUUUGGAGAAGUGAAGCAGAAAUCUAAAGAGUUGAAGAAACUGGAGAAGCCCAAAAAGAAGAAACUAAAAUUAACCAUGGACAAGACAAAGGAGUUGAACAAGUUGGCAAAGAAACUAGCCAAGGAAGAGGAGCGGAAGAAGAAACGAGAGAAGGCAGCUGCAGCAAAGGUAGAGCUAGUAAAGGAGAGCACAGAGAAAAAGAGAGAGAAGAAGGUACUAGAUAUUCCUUCUAAAUAUGACUGGUCAGGAGCUGAAGAGUCUGAUGACGAGAAUGCUGUGUGCGCUGCCCAGAACUGCCAAAGACCCUGCAAGGACAAGGUAGACUGGGUACAGUGCGACGGUGGCUGUGACGAGUGGUUCCAUCAAGUGUGUGUUGGCGUCUCUCCGGAAAUGGCUGAGAAUGAAGAUUACAUCUGUAUAAACUGUGCAAAGAAACCAAUGCAGGGGCCAAGUCGCCCAGUACAUGUAUCACCACCCCCUUUCUUACUGAGACUCGAGGAGGACCUCAAGGGGACAAGUUAGCAGAUAGUUGGUCUCUGGGAUUUGUUGGGAACUGGACCACUGAGACCCUACUGAAAGUGGGUGGUUUGAAGCUAAUGUAGCCACUGAGCCUCACUUCCAAGGAUGUACAGCCCUGCAGCAGAAAUGGUCCCUUCCUAAUAGCUGGCUUCCCCUGUACAAUGGUGAUGUCAGAGGCACAGUGGUACCAACUCAUCUAUGCAGACACCACCUUGUUGCAGUUCCAGCCAAUGUUUUAACUCAAGUGUUUGCAGCAGUGAGUGUGGUGGCUGCCCUCAGAGACUGAACAAACAUGUGGCUGGUGGAUGGGACACUUUGGUGUGUUAGCACUGCGUUUAGGAAGUGGGGUUGGCCUGGAAUUGGUGGGCAGUGGCUAGAGCUUUCAGCUCUACCAGAUAUCUCCAUGGGGGCAUAUUAUCCAUGCAGAGCCUUUGGAAGUUACCUUAAGCCAGGUGGCCUCUCAUGUUAGCUGAGCCAAGAAGGCAGUGUAUGGGGAUAAUGAACCUGCCUCCAUGCCAGGGCAGCUCACACUACACUGUUGGAAUGGGUGUGGGUGGAUCAAUUGUUAGUUUCUCUUGUAGCUAGAGGGCAAAGGAGCUCAAGGUCUCAGAUAUCAGCACUGGUUCUGUUUACCAAAAAGAAACCUAACCCUACUCCACUAAAUAUAUUCUUUUUUUUUUCCUGAGGGGCACAGUCAAUCUUCCUGUCCUGAGCAUGGCCACAAAGCAUCAGUUAAGACAUCUAGCCAUGCCUAAGCUUGGAAAGCAGAGCGCUUCCCCAUUAAAGGAGUUGCUUCUCUUCUAGGCUUCUUUGGUGUCCUGUGCUCCUGUAUGUUACAGUUGUCUGACACAGGAUGAAGCUGGUGAAGAGGUGCAGUAACAUAGGAUCCAGCUUCUGUGAUCUGUACCCAGGGAUGGGGAAGAAAGUGGACAACCCACUUACCUCACAGGUUACACUGAUGUACUUCUGUGAGAACUUCCAUUCACAAGUAUUUCCAGUAUCACUAGGCUACAGAUAUGGCCUUGAGUGAUAUCAGCAAGCAGUCUGCAGAUACUGUCCAGAGCACAGAUCCUGUCCCUACUGGCUUUGCUGGAUACAAGCCUACAAUCAGCAGUAGUUCCUGUUUAAAGUUGUCCCUGGCUUUGCCAGGGGACAGAAGGCUUGGGUUAAUCCUGGGUGACAAUUGUUUUAGUAAAUCCAUUUUUAAAAGAGGACUUGUUUUUACUUUUUUCUAAAUGUCUCAGACUACUGACUUGUUCUAUAAAUAGAUUAUUUUUCUUUGAUUUUUUUAUACUUACCACUGUUACCAGCAGCACAGAGACAGAGGUUCACAAAGGAAAAACCUGCCCAUGGGCUUGGGUUUUUUUUACUCCAUUCCUUCCUUGUAGUACAAGGAAUUAGCAGUUACCUUCCGCAUCCUAGCCAGACCAGCUGCCUGUGUUUAAAUAGGUAAAUACAUUUCAUGUGCUACCUUCGUGUUUGGGUUUGUUCAUGUUAGUGGGGCACCUGGGGCCUUGCUGACUCCAGUCUUUGCUGGCUUUAUGUAUGUGAAUGUCUAAAGCCGGCCACUGUGCCGUCUCGCCCCUUUUCCUAUUGUGUUUCCAUUCUUUUUGCAGUUCUAGGAGUGUUGUAAGUAGUGUCCAGUCUUACUAGAAGCUGGGCUGGGAUUUAAAAAAAUAUUGACAAAAAUGAGUGUUCUGUCUUGACUCUUCCUUGUCCCUUCUCUUGAACUCUAAUAUUAAAGAGGGUUUUUCAGCUGA